CUUCAGCCUUAGUGACUUCACGUCGCCAGCUGGGAAAUGUCAUUUAAAAUUAUCUGCAAUUUUAAUUUAAACAGAGGCACCUUAUUGAUCUUUUGAUGGUCCUGCCGAUGUGUUUCCACACACUAGAAUGUACGCAACAAGAGCAGGAAGUGAGUCGAGUGGGAUGGGGAAAAGACAAUUGGUAAAAGGGGGGACGAACACGCCCGUCCUGAAACUAAAAUUAACUGAACGGAAUGCCAACGUUACGUGCACCAAAACAACACAAAGGAGACUACAGCAUUAAAUUCCUAUCCAGUGCCUGCGCUGUCAUCAUCGUCCAAAUUCAAUGACACACUUCCAAUGGAAUGGAACAGAAUGUAUUCUCAGCUAAGUUUUUAAAUGUUGCCUUCACGUUCAGACCCCACCGAACAGGCAGAUUUGAUAACAGUGAGGGCAAGGACCUUACCUUUUCCAAAAGGUGUGUCCCUCACAAUCAUUCAAACUGGCUUUUGUUGACAUUUCUCAUUAUUAUACUAUACCAUUACGGCUAUGCAAGAGCCUGGUGGGACCAAAGGCAUUUCGCGUGGGCAGCGUGGUCAAGUACUUGCAAGCAUGGCUGGUCUUUUGGAGCAUACUGAUACUUAUGAUCAUUCUGAAGAGGAACGGAAGUUCAGAUGUGAGGAAUGUGGGCGGGGCUACAGGCAUGCGGGUAGUUUGGCCAACCACAGAAAAACCCAUGAGGUUGGUUCUUUUCAGUGUCAUAUAUGCUGCAGGAAACUCUCUAACGCUUUGGCUCUAAAGAGUCAUCUGCGCAUCCACACAUCUAGAAAGAAAUACUCAUGCACGAUAUGCGGAAAGGCCUUUCGUCUGGCAACUCAGUUGGCCACCCAUCAGAAGGUCCAUCGCAAUAAAGAGUCUCAAGGGAGGAGCAGAACAGAUGAUUAUCCAGAAUGUGCUUAUAAAGUUGAAGAUUUGCCACAUCUAGAUGAGGUGGAUUUUGAUAUUAUACCAGAUCUGCAACCAGACAUGAAGCUGAACAUUGCUCCUAUAAGUAGCCUUAGUAACGGUACGUUAUCGGAACAUGUUCCAAGCUCAACACCAGGAAGCGACACUGCCGCUGACGAUGAUACUGGAGACAGGCCGUUUAAAUGUGACAUGUGUGGCAAGACCUACAGACACCACGGAAGCCUGAUAAAUCAUAAAAAAACUCAUCAAAUGGGACUUUUUGAGUGUCCAGUCUGUUUUAAACAAUUUAACAAUCUUGCUGCCCUUAAUAGCCACCAGCGAAUCCACAGUAAAACCCGAGGUCAUCCAAAUGCUCAGACCUCUAAUGCUGCCCUCCCAGAUUGCAAGUCAGAGCUGGCCUCCCAUGCCAUGCCACAAAAUGGCGAUGCCAAUGUACAUUUUUGUCACCUUUGUCAGGUUGUAUUCCCUAAUGAUGAUGAGUUUCAAAAUCAUAUUUUGUUGCACAACUCCUCCUCUGUGUCAUUCGAGUUACCAACGAGCCUGUCAGAGGAGCACAGUUUCACUUACAGUGACAGUGUUACUCAAUCCCCAGAGUCUAACCCCUAUCCCCCCUCCAGUGAUACUCCACCGUUGCCUGCGUUACUCGAAAAAGCCGUCGAUUUUGACCAGUCAGAGUGUCCAAUUGAAAAUGGUCAUGCAUAUGUACCUGACUCUUUGGAUGAUAAUUUGUUGACUAUUCAUGCUCAGGGACAGGCACUGGCCCUAUCAGAGAACCUCAACCUUGGUCAGUCAGCACAGGGUACUGAUAACAUCAAAGUAGAAGAUGCUGACAGUUGCGAUCGCCGUUUCAAAUGCCAGGUCUGUGGCAAAAGCUACAGGCAUGCAGGUAGUCUCAUAAAUCACAAACGCUCCCAUCAAACCGGCAUAUUUCAGUGUUCCAUUUGCCGCAAAAAUUACCCUCAUCUGGCAGCUCUGCGAAGCCACCUUCGGAUACAUAAAGGAAAGCCUGCUUCUUUGCCUGUUAGUACCGAGGGGGACUGGCUUUCUUCAGAGCCCCUGACCCAUGAGAAUCAGCAGGGCUGCUUUUCAUCACAUGAGAGAGAUAUAAGCGGGAUGUUAGACUUUCCUCAGAAUCUGGUUGACUCGACCGAUGGAGAGCACGAAUCGAAUGCUACUGAAUUUUGUGAGCAGUUUGAAAAUUCCUUUCCAGAUGACAGACCAAUGCACCUACCUCAGGAUGAACCUCUAAUGGAGAGGCACAUGUGUGCCGAUUGCGGAAAGACAUUUACCGAUAUCGCAGGAAUCAAGUCCCAUAUGUGUCCCCUUCUGAAUCAUCAAUAUCCAACGAACGUCUCAUCCGGUCACAUGGAGUUUAACAACACAAAGCAUGAAGAUUUUUUAGGAGAGUCAGAGGAGCAUGCUGGUUUUGAGGAACACAACGGCAGUGCAGAUGAUCCGUACUUUGGAGAGCAGACAUCUUUUCAAAGCAUGCACGUUGAGACGUGUGACGAAGAAAUUGAGUCUCAGUGCGAAGAAGAUGACAGUGAGGAUGAGGAUGAUGGAGAGAUGUAUCAGUGCUCAGUGUGUGGGAAUCACUACACUAGCAUGCGUGCUUUACGAAGCCACCUGCGAGGUCACACUCAGAGUCACGCCACACCUUCAGCAAGCGGUCUGUCAUCCUUGUCCUCCCUUGAGGUAAAGCAAGACGAACCCAUUGACAAUCCGCAGGGUGAUGGCAGUCUGAUCAUCUGCAGCACUUGUGGAGAGAGCUUUGCCACGAAACAAGACCUACAAGCCCACCAGCUCUUGCAUGGCAAUACAGAAGAUGAUGCAACUGAACAAAAUGUAAUAGACGCCCAGCCUGAGCUCAAGCCUAAAGUGGAAGUAGAAAGUAUUAUUUGUGGGAAGUGUGGUAUAAGCUGCAGUGACGUUUAUCACCUUAAUAACUGCACAGGAGAAAGAGAAGAACAGGAGGAGGAGGAAAGAUUUGAGAUGAAGCCACUUCUUAGAAGUACAUUUCAACGCGAACUUUUACAGGAGAACCUACGUGAUGGACAAAAACAGUACAAGUGUGAUCAAUGUGGUCGUUCAUACCGGCAUGCAGGAUCCCUGCUCAAUCAUAAAAAAUCUCACAAAACUGGGGUGUUUCGCUGCUUCGUCUGCCAAAAGCGGUUUUAUAAUUUACUGGCCCUCAAGAACCACCAGAGGACACACUUUGACGUUAAAAAGCAUAGAUGCACAGAAUGUGGGAAGGCGUUUAAAAUCCAUAAACAACUGUUAAACCACCAGAGGGUCCAUCAGGAAAAUAAGGCUAAGAUUGAGGAGCUCAACAGACAGAUUCAGACGCUCAUGCAGAUGAGUGGGAAUGCCUCAGGGAGCGGAAUCCAGGGGCCUAAUUCAAUCAGAAAGAGAAUCGGCAGACGCCGUAAGCAACGUCAGGCCCUAAACAACCAAGAAAAGGAAGGCCGUAUGGGAGAUCCUGACGACCCAAGGCCUUUCGUCUGCGAUCAGUGUGGAAGAAGCUAUCGUCACGCAGGAAGCUUGGUCAACCACAAGAACUCGCAUAAGACCGGUGAAUAUUACUGUGCUCUGUGCAACAACACAUACUCCAACCAGUUAGCAAUGAAGAACCAUUUACGAAUACACUUUUCGGUCAAAAGACACCGCUGCCAGGACUGCGGGAGGGCAUUCAGGGGAAAAAAACAGUUACUUAACCACACCUGCUCGAUCAAUAAAAAAACCAGAGCAGCGAGAGGAAGAGUCAAGGGUCGUAAACAAGAAAAGGACUUAAAAUGCAAGCGGUGCCAUUUGUUGUUUCCUGAUACUGAGCUACUUUUAGGACAUGGCUGUACUGAAGAGCCCAGCGCUGAUUCGGCCCCCCCAAAAAGAGCAGAUGCUGAUGGUGAAAGGGCGACUUUGGAAAAAGAAGAACGACCAUUCAAGUGCAACAUUUGUGGUCGUAGUUACCGUCACGCUGGUAGUUUGUUAAACCAUAAGAACACUCACAAAACAGGCCAUUUCUCUUGCUCCUUUUGUGCCAAACCCUUCUCCAACCCCAUGGCUUUAAGAAACCACACUCGCAUUCACACGCAGAAGAAAAAGUAUGUGUGUCCUACAUGCGGCAAAGCUUUCCGGCUCUCUAGCAUCCUCUACAACCAUCAGAAAAUCCAUGCUCGGGGAAUCUCUCAUUAUAGCUGUCAAACAUGUGGCAAAAGCUUUCAGGGAAGGUCUGGACUUAAGAGGCAUCGCUGUUACAAAAACGGAAAUCCAAACUCAACUGUCAAUCAAGAUGGUGGUGACAAAUGCUAUACAUGUGAUCAGUGUGGACGCUCCUACAGACAUGCCGGUUCUCUCCUCAAUCACAAGAAGACCCAUAAUGCCGACCUCCUGCACUGCACUCUUUGCCUCAAAACCUUCACCGACCCACUGGAUUUGGAGAGCCAUUCUCAAAUGGCUCGCCACUGCUGCCCAGAUUGCGGGAAAACCUUCUGCGAGUUUGCACAUCUACAGGGCCACAUGGAGGUGCACAGUAAAAGCCUCCCGUACUACUGCAACUUGUGUCAGCAGAACUUCCCAAACCUAGCCAGUUAUCAGCAGCACCAAGAGGUCCAUGUCAACUUGCAAGGGCAGUCACAUGAUAAGCAGGAUAUACAGAUGCAACAAGAUUUGGGCUGGGACUCCGCGUUGGAUCAACAGAUGGGAAUUCAAAGCCUUCCAAAGAUCGAUUCGGCCUUCAGCCGAGUGCAUGGAUUUCCUGAAACCCACGAGCAGCAAGAAAGCCCUGAGGGGGACAGCAGGGAGGAGGAGAAGAGUCACGUCUGCGAGCAUUGCGGACGCACGUACCGCCACGCCGGCUCAUUGCUCAACCACAAGAACAGCCACAAGACCGGAUCUUUCUUCUGCUCGGUCUGCCAAAAGGAGUUCACUAAUCUGAUGGCACUGAAGAAUCACCGCCGUAUUCACACAGAGCCCAAACGCUAUCAGUGCCUGGAGUGCGGCAAGGCCUUCCGGGUCUCCACCCAGCUUAUCUGCCACAGGCGCAUACACACCAAAGAGAAGCCGUUCUCAUGCCUCCUCUGCGACAAGCGUUUCUCUAGCAAGUCCAACCUCCGGCAUCACCAAAAGAUGCAUCAGAACACCCAACAGACCUACGAGUCCUCUUUUAAUAUGGAUGAUAAUGCAUUCAUGGGACUGGGUGUGGACCCUUUCCUCUGAGGCCACACAGUCCGAUCAAGUUGCUCCAAGGAAGAUUUCAAAACAAUAUUGUCUUGCAAGAUUUUUCCUACACCCAAGGCCCAAUGCCAAUAACGGUCAGGUUUUCUGCUGUACUUGUCAAGAUAGCAUCACAUGCAGAUGCUCAUCUUGGUAAGACUUGCCUCCUUUACUGUUGUCUUUUCAAAGGACACUAAAGAGUGGCAUUGAUAGAUACUACCUCUGGUAGGGACAGUAAUACUGUAGAAAUAUUAGAAUAAGUGACAGUGCCUGUCUGAUUUUACUUUCUUGCGUUUGUUUUGUGUCCCCACACAGUGCACAAAACCACGGCAAUUGUAUGGUACUAUGACAGGCCUCAGACUGAGGGCUUGGAUGAGUUUUCUAUCCAGGUUCUUACCCAGCGAUGCCUUUAAAAUUAGAGUCCGACCGAUUAUUUGGUUGACAGAAACAAAUGCAUAAUUGGGGACGGGAGAAAAGCAAGCAUUGCCUUUUAAGUUUGCAGGGUCAAAAAAUAGUAAAAUGUUUUUCAGGAUUGAAAAGGAUCUCUUCUCUCCUUAAUUUUGUAUUAAGAGCUUCCAUAUUUUCAGGUUAUUGUACUGCGUAUGGUAUAUCACUUCAUCUUUGUCUCAUUAAGACCAAUCUACACUUGAUAUUUUCUGGAUGUUUCUGCGUUUUCUUCAUGGACGACACCGGUAAGGCUGUUAAACAGCAAGUGAACAGCCCUUCCCUGAGGCCUGUGGUGUAGUAAAUAUCAAAGAUAUUUAUUUAUUUAAAAAGAAAUAUUUAUACAUUACAUUAAUAUUUGAAAGUUAGGCAAUUAUUAUGUCUUUAAUGUAGUAGACGUUGUGCAUGGUUAAGUGUGGUAGAAACUAGAUUGGUUGACUACUUAGGUAUACUAAACAAUGUUAUAAACGGUUAAGAAAUACCUCUUAAAACGCAUUCACAUCAGUUUUUUUGAAAAACAACAGAUUUUUUCUGUUUUGUAGCGCAUAUACUGUUUUAAUAAAUGUUUUAUCAGUGGGGGGUUUGUUCUUUGCUAAAUAUUUUCAUAGCACAAAAACUAACAGACGCAAAAAUCCAUGAUCGGUCGGGCUCUAUUAGGGCAGGAAUUCAUUGACUGAACACUUUUCAACUGUUUUUUUUUUUUUUUUUAAGAUGCUCAGGUCUCACAACCUUGGACGCAAUGUAAGAUGCAACACAUUUACCUUAAUGCCCAUCGUGUCAAGACCUCUGUCUGUUUUUUGAUGCCAGAAUGAAUAUAAAUGUGCCAUUUGAUAACAUUUCCCUGUUCAAAGGAUUUGUAAGAUAUUUUAAUUUAAGCAUAUAGAUCAGUACUGAUAGUUUAAGAAUAGAAGUUGCAAACCUUCACGUAUUAAUGGCUUCACAUUGGAUAGAGAACUGACACCUCAGUCUCCUGUAUUCAGUUGCAUAUAUCUUAAACAAAUACAAGAUAUUUAUUUUUGUUCACAUGAUGGAUGUUUCUCUUUCUCGAGUAGGGACCUUGAUAAGCAGACGCUGUUAAUUUGUAGGUGUUAAUGCCCUCACUUUCUUGAAUCUAAUAAACACAAUGUAACAAGGUU